CGUCAGCGGCGAAGUGCCUACGGGGCCCGAUUGCGCUCCCGUUACACUAUAACUUCCACAGCGCCCAAAGUUACACCUAGCACCCGAUCAGUCAGGGACGGACCUGUGGCGCAUGCAGUUGGGAUUUCGUACUUUCCUCUGUGAUAUUGGCCAGUGGAGGGGUAAAUCGUUAAGCGCAUGAUGUACACGAUAACCAAAGGUCCCAGCAAACUUGUUACGCAGCGAAGAACAGGUCCCACGCAGCAGAUCGACAUCAAAGUCAGCGAGGCUAAGAUCAAAUCAGGCGCUUGGGCUUUGACAAACUCUCCGCCGGCCAAGCUGGUGUUCCAGCCCCUGAACGGGAAGCGGCACCACCGCGCGGCGGCGCAGCAACACGAGGGCUUCACGGCAGCGCACGAGGAGAACGUCAAGUUCGUCAACGAAGCCUGGCAGGAAGUAAAACAGCAGCUGAAAGAGAGCAACCAAUCAGAGCAAGGCCAGGGGCCGGUUCAGUACUUGGAGAAGACCCCCAAUACGAGCAUGAAAAACUUUGUGCCUUUUGAUCUAGAGGAGUGGUGGGCGCAGCGGUUCCUGGCCAACAUUGCCAAUCUAGCGUGAAAGAGGGCUACUGGGGAAAGGUGACACCCGAUGGCCACUAGAGGGCAUGCAGCUGCACCUCUCUCAAACCUGCCACGUUGAGCACCAGCAGCUGUUGGGAAGUUUAGAAGAGCUCCGGCUACCUGCCCCCCGCCAGGCCCCGGCUGUCUGAACUCUGACCCAUGGUUCCCGUGGGAGCCAUAACCUAACAGCCGACUGGCACCCGGCCAAACCGUCUACAGGUGCAAGACAUCAGCUGAGCCCUUUGUCUUUGUCCUUUAACUGUGCCGAGAAUAAAUAUCUGUAUUAUUGAGAAUUUUUAAAAGUAAACACUAUUUUCAAAA